CAAAAAUAACGUGUGCUUGUGUUGUUUAUUAUCUUUGAGAUUAUCAAUAAAAACAAAUCAUACUAUGCACUAUGCACAUUACAGCUCUAGUACAUAAAGCAAGUAGGGUAAUUAGAUACUCCGAAAGUACUUUAUAGAUUAUAUUAGAAGACAGCACUGCUGGAUCUGGCGCUCGGAGACUGUUCACCUUUUCUAUAAAAACCAAACAAAUAGUAGGAAGCAAACAUGAAUUGCCAGUUGUGUUCUGAAAGCAAUGUACCUUCUGAUCAUCACACUACUGAGAGACAUAUGAAAAAUAAGACUUUGUUUGAUUACUCUGUAUACAAAAAACAGAAUGUUGGAAAUAAGAAGGGUAUCAUUGUAUCAUGUGAUGUUAGAUCUUCAAGCUCCACACAUUCUCAGUGUUAUGAGUCAAAAAUAAAUGUUUCUGUUAAGCCAAAUGAACAAGUAGAGUUCACUUUCACAAUCUUAAAUGACACCAAGAAGGACAAAUUUUCAAUCAAUUGUGCUCAAAUAAUGCAUUCCAAAUUAAACUUUACUAUCAAUGAUCACGGAAUUGAUGCAGGCUCUCCACCACACAUCAUCAAGCCCAAAUCGAAGCUCAACAAGAAAAUUACAGUGAUGUUCAGAUCAGCGAGCGUUGGAGAAUAUGUGAUGCCAAUAGUAUUCUGUUUUAUUAUGAACAGUACAAAUGAAAACAUUGUUAUCGUUAGGGACAUGGUCGUUUACGUUGAAAAACAGAAAAAGCUUCACGACAAAAUGUACAGUCCUUUUGUACUUCAAAGUAUUGUGGCAGAAAAGACAUACAGAUGCGUCCGUGAGGGGACAAGAGAAGAGGGUAUAUUCACAGUGCCAAAGAAUUACAAGCCUAUUUACAGUUCCGCGUUAAAGUGCCCCUCUAAUCUCACUCAAGAAAAAGCAAAGCUGGUGGCAGAUUUAAGGAAAAUUUUCAGUACUGGCAUCACCAAAAUGAACUAUGUUCAGUUUUUUCAUCAUCUGCUCUGGUACGAAGAAACUGUCCUCAAGAAUAAUCUAAAGAAUUACAACAUGACAGGCGUGAAUCUAAAGCUCGGUAGCAUUCCAUCGUCGUACACGUUGGUCGUGCCCGGCUUAGCGGAGAAAAGACCGUCGUUGUUGGUUGGUGAUUAUUUGUUCGUUAAACCGCAAAAUGAGAAGAUAAUGUUCGAAGCGAACGUCACUCUAAUAACCGAGAAUGACGUCACUAUACAAGGCAUGCAUUCAACCUUUUUUAAGAACUACUCUAAAACUAAGAAGUACGACAUACGGUUCACGAUGUCCCGCGUGACCUUGGAACGGAUGCACCAGGCGGUACACUUCGCCGAACAACAGAUGCCCAGAUUGUUCCCUACGCACUAUACAAAUAAGAAGAAAGUAGAACCAAUAACGGAAUUUUUUAACGUGAACAUCCGAGACAACUUGGAGCAGCGCUCAGCCGUGGAGCACAUCGUGUCGGGCAGCAGCGGGCGCGCGCCCUACCUCGUGCACGGGCCGCCCGGCACCGGCAAGACCGUCACCAUCGUCGAAGCCAUCCUGCAGCUUGUGGUGCGGAACUCUAAAAAUCGAAUACUUGUCUGCACCGACUCCAACAUGGCGGCGGAUAACGUGGCCACGAUGCUUAUAAAGUACGCCAAAAAGUUUCCUUCCGAAAAGUUUCUUUUAAGAGCGAGCUCCUUUUAUCGAACAUGGGCAACACUACCAGAAUGCUUACAUGCCUUUUCGAACGGUACAAGUACCAAAGACUUUUGGUCUGUGAGUUUCACAGUUUUCCAGAAAUACGCGAUCGUCAUUACAACGUUAUCGCACGCCGCCAAAUUCAGCGGAAGUUUUAGUAAGAAUAGCACGUGCCACAUAACGCAUCUGUUCAUCGACGAAGCGGCCCAGGCUUCCGAGCCUGCCAGUCUCAUCCCGAUCUGCGGGCUGUUGUCUACCGCUGGUUCCCUGGUACUGGCCGGGGAUCCCCUGCAACUGGGACCUGUCAUCAUUUCACAAAAGGCCAAAGAAAUUGGCCUCGGUCUAUCGCUCAUGGAACGUUUGAUGAAAACGUUUCCUCAGUACAACGACGUGAAGAACGACUGCAACUAUAUAAUGCUGCUGCGCAAUAACUUCAGAUCUGAUCCGGACAUACUGCACAUCCCUAACGAGUUGUUCUACAAGGGACAGCUCAGAGCUCAUGCUAGUGAAGAUCCGAUAAGCAAGACCGAUUUAUCCGGCGAGAAACCAUCCAGUCGCGCUAUUAUGUUCCACGGGGUCCUGUCUAAGGAACAGAAAGUUGGCAUGUCACCGAGCUUCUACAAUAACUCUGAGUUAGAAAUCGUCCAGAUGUACAUAACGUUUCUCGUGAACGAUCAUAGAAUCCAACUGGAAGAUAUCGGCGUCAUCACUCCGUACAUCCGACAAGCCUAUCACAUCAAGAAAUGGCUCUCGAGCAAUAAUUACGAAAAAAUUGAAGUCGGCACAGUCGAGUCGUUCCAAGGGAAGGAAAAGCGCGUCAUCGUCGUGUCCACGGUUCGAGCCAACAACGACCUCCUCGCGCACGACGCCAAGUUCCAGCUCGGCUUCCUGGUUGAUGAUAAGCGUUUCAAUGUGGCGCUGACACGUGCGAAAGCCAAACUUAUCAUUAUUGGCAACCCCUUGUGUCUCCGGAAGGACAAGAAGUGGCAACUCUACAUGCAGAUGUGCCGCGAACUUGGCACCUAUUUUGGUUUUGACAGUGACAACAUUGAAACCGACGAACUGGACCGAAAGGUCGAUGAGAUCCUGCCGCUUUUCAGACACAUUGAGGUUUCAAAACAAGAAUAGACGGAUGUUUUACAAAACAUCUUUUUUUUUUAAAAGGCACAACAUUUUUAUUUUUUUUAUUUGACGAUAACGUUAAUCAUUUUUUUUAUACAUUUUUAUAUAUAUAUAUUAUAUAUUUUUUCGUAGCGUUUGUACGACGUUCUUAAUUAUAUAACUACUAAUAAAUAAAAUAUGUUCCAAUUAGUAGAAAAAUAUUGUAUCUGAUGAAUCUCAAUACGCUCAUUAGUUUGUGAGUUUUAGCUCGUUUAUUAGUAUUAAUGUUAGACAGCAAUCCCUCUUAGAGUUCGCCAUCGACAAGUUACGCACAUCAGGCCCUAGAGAGAGACAGUCGACUUUAUAGUGUCCUCCUUUGUUCACGCACUCAUGACGUAACGUUAAAUUCUCGGUUACGUGAGCCCAAUAUUACCAAUAACUCCAAGAUAACCCAAAAUAAAUGAAUCCGUAAGUUAGAUCGGUGGUUUAACUAUUUAAAUGGCGGCUGUAAUGCCUGUUCAGUAUAAUGAAUGCCCGAGCUGUGUAUACACUUUUCUUGUGAAGCGUUAGACUUCAACAAGCAGCACGAUAUUUUAAUUGAUCGAUUAAUUUCCAUAAAUUUUCAGAAACACUCCUACUGUGUCUCUCUGUAUCAACUGAGGCUUUUUAAUAUAAUCCUUACUACCUCAUUUUCUUUUAACUGACGACCCACCGCUAUAUAAGACCGGCAAUUGCUUUAUUUUAAAUUUUAAUUAUAUUAUUAUAGAAUUGUAAGGAUGGAAAAUAUUCGAAGAAGGCUAAUGGUGACAAUAUAAGGGUUUAGAAAUCGGUAAUUAUAGAAAUGUGAUGCCGAAUUAAUUGGAAGAAUCGAUUUUAAAGUAAUCGUGAUGUCUCAAAACGUGAUACGGUAUUGUCGAGAGAUUAUGUUCAAAUGAUGUGUUCAAAUUAUUUUGUAAUUAUCUCAAACCACAAGCGAGCCAAUAGUCAUAUUAUUAUGUUAAUCGAAUCCCAAAGUUAAAAUUAGACUAAGUUUAAAUAUUUGAAGGCUAGAAACACUAAUAGUUACUAUUUACAAAAUAUACUGGAACCAAAGUUAAAAAUCCUGGUUAAGAGAGGGCCGCUGUGGAGCAAUCCGCCUAUCUACUAUUUAAGUUUUAAAUACAUGACAGCUUUUAUUACUAAUUAUAAUUAUCGAUGGAAAUGUUUUAAUUCUUUUAUCGAGAUAUAAUAAUAAAAUCAAUCAAAUAAUAUUAAUAAUCAAAUUUAUAGAAUUAGAAUUUCAAUAAUCAUUAAAUAACUGUGUUUGUGAUUUCGUGUUAGAUUUCGAUAUUAGAAUGUUAAAUUGUGUGAUAGAUCGUUUCAAACCAUUCGCUACAUUUAUAAGAGUUUGAGAAACUUGCAAUGUCGUUAAAAAAUUUAUUUUAUGAAAAAUGUUGCCAUGCUGUAUACCAAAAUGUAAGUCAACUCAUGCGCAUACCAUUACUUUUUAAUUACCAAAAAUAAAAUGCGCAUUCAGGCUCACUCUGAAAAACUGCGGCUUUUUCUACGUUGGCGUCCACAUUCCGACGAGCCCUUAAAUAUUAAGUGUUCAAUCUGUGGACUAAUCUUUGCCUGGGCUAUACCUACCUAUAUCUUCUAAAUUGUUAAAUUAUACUUGAUAAUUAAAAACUAUUGGUUUAUUAUGUGCAGAAAUUGAUGAGAACUGUUAAUUGUGUUUGUUCUUUAAGUCUAAUUAUAAAAUUGUUAUAAAAAAAAACUACUGUUUGUCAUCUCUCUCUCUCUCUCACCUUAUUUCGUUUUUAGGUUAAUAUUUCUGAAGUGACUUACGUAUAAACAGUAAAAUUUAAUUUAUCAGUAUUAGAAGCAUCAAAUAUUCGAAGACAUUAUAGUAUUAAACAGUAUUCUCUGUUAACAGAGAGUAACAAACUAUUUUUUAUUUAUUUUAGGUGCUCAUUUUAACAUAUCUGAGCAAGCGGUGCUUUGAUAAAAUAUAUUUUUUAGAAACAAAGAUCUCAAAAUUGUAUUAACUAUCUGCCUUUUGAUAAAAACUUUAUUUUUACCUACUUGAUUUUGAUAGAAAUAUUAUCCAAAUUAGAUUAUCGUAGUAAAUUAAAAUAUUAAUCUGUGUUAGAGUAACUCUGUAAGUUGAAUGGUCUCAUAUAUAUGUACCUAUUAAUCAAUUAUCUCUGUCUAUUUAAAGUAUAUUAAGUCUUUGAAACAGUAUUAUAUAUGGUAAUUAUAUUGUGGUAUUAAAUGUAAAGAUAUUCCCUAAUGUGCUUAGCACAUGUGAUGCCAAACAUUCCUGAUAACAUCAAUAUAAAUCGUUGUAACGUCUAGCAUUUGUUAGAAGUUACAAUCCUAAGUUUGUUAAUCGUAUAUUUCCGUUGUCCAUUACCCGAUUGAUGUGACAAUGUGUUAAUUUUAAUCUUAUUUUUUUAUAUUACGAAAUGUUGUUCCUUGUAAUUGGUUUAGAAACCAUUUAAAAAAGUUUAUUCGAUGUUAUAGUUAAGUUUUAUCUACAUUCCAAAGAUGUAGUAGAUUUUUAAGUUUCUUUUUAAAGUUUAUACUGUUUGUAGUAACAAAUGUAUAAAAAAUCCCCGAUCAAAAGUAACCCCCAUAAGCUAUCUUUUAUUUUCGAAAAGCAUUGUAUUUUGAAGAAAAUAGUUAACAUGCUGAGUAUUUCUUGCAUUUGUGGGUAAUUUUUCCAGGGGAGAACUUGUUAUAAGUUUCAAUAAAAUUGAUAUUUCAAUAUCGACAUUAUUAUCGAAAUGUUUUACAAUUUCAAUACAUCGGCAUUUUUUUUUAUGUAUCAGAUUUCUUUUGACUUCGAUAAAAUUUGUCAUGUUUCAAUUAAAUGCCGAAAGAAGCUCAUACUAUUUUAGAAUGUUACAUUUUAAUUAUUUUUCGAGUGCAUUGACAUUAUUAUUCAAUUUUUAAAUUGUAUUCAAUAAAUCGUAGCCAAU